AUGAAAAACGAUGAAAACGAAGCUGCUUACCAAAUUCUGAGGAUGACACAGUUGGUGGUCAGGGCCACCGAGGAGAAAAAUCUACUUCCACUAAUGCUGUUGCACUAGUAGACGCAUAAACUGGUAAAAAAUAAGGGCCAGAUAACAAACUAUAACGAAAUUUACAUACAGCACGUAACAAAGGAGCGUAAUUAACAAAAUACCGGAGAGCGAAAAGAAAAAGAAUACACGAUAACAAGUAAGUGAGAAAACGAAAAACAAAAGGAAAAAAUUUGCCCCAACAUCCUGGGGGGUUUGACUGAAUUUAACUGAUUCAGCAAAAUAAAUACGAGGAAAAUUUAAAACCAAGAGUCCGCCAAUUAGAACCUGGUCAUUUGAAUCAGUCUCUAAAACUCUCAAGUUUCGAUAAACACAGUUUUAGACAGCUUCCUCCAGCAAACAUAGCUUAGAAAUUGGUCUAGUUAGAGUAGAGUUCUUCGUCUUAAUUUCUGCCACACGGACUUUACCGUCUCGUCCUGGAAAAGUCUUGAUAACGCGGUCAAAGAGCCAACAUUCUCGCGGGGAGUUGUUAUCCACAACAAGAACUACAUCUCCGAUCUUUAAGUUGUCUUUCUCGCGUAUCCACUUCUGGCGUUGUUGCAGAGUUGGGAUGUACUCUCGUAUCCAUCUUUUCCUAAAACAAUCAGCCAGAAAUUGCGCUCUUCUCCAUUGCUUCCUUCUGUAAAGAUCCUCGCGGUAAGUCCUCGUGACAUUAUACAUGUAGCCACUUUAAGUUGAUCCUUAAAUAUUUAUUCCUCAGAACUUUUAUUAAGAAUCCUAGUGGCAGGAGAAAGGUGUAACAUUACCGGAGAAUAUUUUGAAUGAGGCUCCACGUGUGAAUAAGAAAUAUUCAUAAGCUACCGAAAGUUAGUCGGAGAAUUCUGCAUAGUAAAUGGAGAAUUCUCCAAUCUCUGAUGCCUGAUGAACACGCUGAUUCCUUUUACAGCGAAAUUCAUUGCAUCGCGCUGUGCAUUUUGCAAAAUUCGAAGGAAAUUUGGGUUUUUCUGUUCCAUCAAUCAUCUUAGUGGACCUCUUAGGAAACACAUGUUUACUUGCAUGUGUUCAAGCGGUCCUGGUUUUUAUUAUUUGUGAUUGGUGGAUUUCGGUCUGUUUUGUUUGUUUCAUGUUUCAAGGUUCGUUGCUUUGUGAUCGUCCUGUUUCAGGCAAUAGUCGACUAGUUAAGUUUGCUUCGUAGGUUUUACUGAUCUUUCUUAUUCUUGUCACUUGUAAGAAUAAAGCAACAUCUGCCUCCUUCCUUCCUUCGACAAAAAAAUCCACUCACCAUUGGGAUUUCCUUUGCUAUUCCUGAGCAGUCUAGAGUCAUUCUCAGUCAAGCUGGGCAAGCAUGUUACUGUCUGAUUUGCAUUAACCCUGCCUUCAAUCAAAUGAUUGACAGAAGAGAAAAACCCAAAAUCCCGUCGAACUUUGCGAUACGCGCAGCACGAUACAACAAAUUUUGCUGUAAGUGUUUGUAUAAACAUGCUGUUCCUCUAAUUUUUUUUCAUACACUGUUGUGUUUCUAAUGAAGAGCAUUUGUAUAAACAUCAAUUGCUUAUUUUUACUUUUCUUUUUCUUCAUCUUUUUCUUACCUCACUUUUAUUUUUAUGUCCUUUGGUUGGAUCAAUGAAGAAAAUUUGAAUAACUCUGGCAUAUGCAAUACACAUGAUUUUUACUUUUCAACUACUGAUUCACAAUCAAUACAGAACUCACAGGACAUGUUAUGAGUUAGGCACUUUGAAGACCUUAACGGCUGUUUUAAUGACAUUUUUUUAGAGAAGUAAGGAAGUAUUUAACACAGUUGUGAUGAAAGCAAUGGUCUACAAUAAAAGCUAUUAAGUGAUAGGAAUUAUGGAGUUCAAGAAUGUUUGGCGUUCACAGCCAUUUACAGCUGUCAGUGCAAUCAAAUUAUCGAAAGAUAGUUCGAGUUCAUAUUACAACACUUACAGUUACUGUUGCAUAUGGCUAAGUUGUAAGUUAGGAAAAGGUUAAACUCAAGGCAAUGCCGGGAAUCCUCUUUGUUGGCACUCAUAUUCACUUUCUUGCUGCCCUGUCAGUGAGACCAUUUUGUCUGUUAAUUUUGAGGUAAAGCCACAACUUGAUUUUUUGCUCUUAAAUUGCAGUGGUAAUGCACCAGAAACAAGAGGCACAGCAUUUGUAGUGUAUGAAGAUAUCUUUGAUGCCAAGAAUGCUUGUGAUCAUCUGUCAGGCUUCAACGUCUGCAAUCGCUACCUUGUCGUACUCUACUACCAAUCUACCAAGGUAAAGUAGACUAACAAUAUUAUUUGUCCAAGAUGGGGCUGUCACUUAGACAGCAUGACUCGUGGUGUCUUUCAUGGGAAAUGAAAGGACAAUAGAACCAAAAGAAUAUUAUUUUCUAGCUGAUUAAACAUAACUAUUUUGCAAGUCCCUUGGCCUUUCUUCAUAUCAAGGUUCUACUGUACUUUAGUCAAAUCCAAUGUUUAUUAUUUAUUUCUUUUUUUAUUCAGGCUUUCCAAAAAUUGGACAGGGAAAAGAAGAGACAGGAAUUGGAGAAAAUGAAAGAAAAAUAUGGAAUCAACAAGGACAAGUGA